AAAAACACACAGACAAAUAAAUAACACUAGUGCAAUAGUAUUAGCUCUUUUACUAUACUAUACUAUUAUAUUAUAUAGUAUUUAUUAUUAUUAUUAUUAUUAAUUUUGAUAUGAAUAUGGAGAAUGAAGAAGUUCCAUCAGCUCCAUCAACACCAGCAACACCAGGCGCUCCUCUUUUUGGUGGGUUUAAAGGCAAUAAUAAUCAUAUUGGAUUUGCUAGAAAAUCUCUUCUCAAGAGCUGUAAAUGUUUUAGUGUUCAAGAUUGGGCUCUUGAAGAUCCCACAUUACCUCCUGUUACUUGCUCUUUUCCACCUCCUCCUGUUUCUCUUGCCAAAAAGGUGGGAGCUGAGUUUAUAGGCACAGUGAUACUGAUAUUUGCAGGGACAGCAGCAGCCAUAGUAAACCAGAAAACACAAGGCACGGAGACUCUCAUAGGAUUGGGUGCAUCGAGUGGACUAGCUGUUAUGAUUGUUAUAUUAGCCACUGGCCAUAUUUCUGGUGCUCAUCUUAACCCAGCUAUCACCAUUGCUUUUGCUGCUCUCAACCACUUCCCAUGGAAACAUGUCCCCGUGUAUAUCGGAACACAAGUGAUGGCGUCGAUAAGCGCAGCGUUUGCAUUGAAAGUGAUAUUUCAUCCGUUUAUGAGCGGAGGAGUCACAGUUCCGGCCGGAGGAUACGGUCAAGCUUUUGCUUUGGAAUUCAUCAUUUCCUUUAAUCUUAUGUUUGUUGUCACUGCUGUCGCCACCGACACUAGAGCUGUGGGAGAGUUGGCAGGAAUCGCGGUCGGAGCUACUGUCAUGCUCAACAUACUAAUCGCCGGGCAAACAACAGGUGCGUCAAUGAAUCCGGUAAGAACAUUAGGUCCAGCCAUAGCUGCAAACAACUAUAAAGCAAUAUGGGUAUACCUUACUGCCCCGAUUCUUGGCGCAUUGUGUGGAGCUGGAACUUAUUCUGCUGUCAAAUUGCCGGAGGUCAAAAAUGGCGAUGCUCGUGAAAUGCCUUCAACGGCAACGAGCUUCCGGAGGUGAUCCAACGCUAACGCCAACAGUAGAUGUAUAGAAAUAAUCCUGAAAUUCGGGUUAAUGUGCAGAUAAUCCUACAUUAGGAAAGAAAUUAAUUAUGUCAAACCACUGCACAUUAGUUUGUAGUUACAUAUACAUGUAAGAGAGAUAAAUCAUGCAUAGAUUGAGGAUGUGCAUCGAUCAUAUAUGCAAAUGUUUAUCUAAAGCACAUACUGAGAUUCCAUAAAGAUGGUCCUAGAAAAGCCAUUUCGUUGCCCCAUAA